AGAGAUCGUUGUUUCUUUGCUAUCAAGAACCAGCGAGAUCGAGCGUUCAUAUACAGACUGAACGGCGGAAAACAUAUGUCGGAGGCCGAAGCAGUGGCAGUGAUUGCCGCUGUUGGUACCACUAUGGAAGAAACGAUUGAGUCAAACUUAAACAUCCUGGAAGCCAUGCCGCUAAACCCCGACAACAAGGUCACAUCCAAACCACACAUCCCUUCCGUGUCGGCUUCCGCUGUUUUGGGAGAAAGUUCGUCCAUGCCUAAGGAUGCUGAAAUAUGCAAGGGCCACGAUUUCGAGAGUGUGCCGACACACUCGGAGCUUGACGCUGUCAUGGAGUCAUUUCUUACCACAGGUUUUCAGGCUACGAAUAUUGGUUUGGCUGUUGAACAAAUCCGCUUAAUGCGGAAAUGGCGCCUUUCUGAUACGCUAUGGAAAGAUGGGGAUGACCCUGCUUUGAAACCGGAUGUCGUACGCGAAAAAAUACGUGCCCGGAUCUUUCUGGCUUACACCAGCAACCAGAUAUCUUGCGGACAACGUGAAGUCAUCAAGUUCUUGAUCAAGAACAAAAUGGUGGACCUUGUAGUGACUACCGCAGGUGGUAUUGAAGAGGAUAUUAUAAAAUGUUUCCAACCUACUUACAUGGGGGACUUCAAACUUUCUGGGCGUGAACUUCGAAGGAAAGGUAUAAACCGAAUCGGCAAUCUGCUGGUGCCAAACAAAAACUAUUGUGAAUUCGAGGAUUGGAUGUCUCCCAUCAUCGAGGCUAUGCACGACGAACAAGAUGCAAUGGCCUUUUGUUGGACACCGAGCAAAAUUAUCCGUCGCUUAGGUGAGGAAAUCGACAAUCCUGACUCUGUUUUGUAUUGGGCAGCAAAACACAAUAUUCCUGUAUUUUGUCCUGCUUUGACAGAUGGAAGUAUUGGUGACAUGCUUUAUUUCCACUCUUACAAACGCCCUGGGUUCCUUUUGGACAUUAACGAGGAUAUUCGGGUUAUCAACGACUUGGCAGUUCGUAGUCACUGUACAGGUCAGGUUAUUCUUGGAGGGGGGCUCGUUAAACAUCACACAUGCAACGCAAAUUUGAUGAGGAACGGUGCCGACUAUUCUGUAUAUGUCAAUACCGGGCACGAAUUUGAUGGUAGUGAUAGUGGGGCAUCUCCUGACGAGGCUAUUUCUUGGGGAAAGAUUCGAAUCACUGCAAAGCCCGUCAAAGUUCUGUGUGACGCCUCCAUUGCGUUUCCGCUCAUUGUCAGUCAAACGUUCGCUAAAGAUAUCGACCGGUGGAGAGAAGAAACAAAGGAAUGCGUUUGCUGGGCGGAGGAUUUGGUACAUCUUUCUUGA